AUGCAUUUAAAGGAUCAUCAAAUGGUGGAGGCAGAAGGUGAUCCUGAACCAAAACCUCUAGACCUAGGAAGUAAGGGGGAAGGAAAUAAGGGUCGAAGCAAAGAGAAUGACAGCAUUGCUAUUGGUGGUGCUAGUUUGCCAAAUCAUCCUACUGUUGGUUCUAAAGGUAAGGCUACUGAUCAGGGUGCGGCCAACCCCAAAUUUGGUCGAACUUUGAAGAUGUUUGUAAACAAAAAUGAUGUCAAUGUUGUAGUUCUGUUAGAGACUCGUGCUCAGAGUGAUAAGUGUAGUCCUAUUUUGAAGAAGUUGAAGUUUGAUAAGGCCAUAUUUGAAGAAGCAAAUGGGUUUUCUGAUGGCUUGUGGUUUAUCUGGGAUUCAAAAAGAGCAACAGUGUCUCCUAUCUCUCAAACUUCUCAAUUCAUUCAUAUGAAGAUUGAGAUUAAUCAUCAUGAGAAUUUCCUUUGUACAGCUGUAUAUGCUAGUCCAAGGAAGGAGAAUAAGCAGGUUAUGUGGGAUGAAGUCAGAAAUCUUAGUCAGGGUUUAUCGAGAUUUGCUGAUUUCCUUGAAGAUUGUCAUGUAGAGGAUGUUAAAACUUCAGGUUCUAGUUUUACUUGGCAGGGACCAAAGUGGAACCACUUAGAUAGGGUCUUUAAAAAGCUGGAUAGAGCUUGUGCCAAUAUUUUUUGGAGAUUAAAGUAUGAAAAUGUUGAAGUCAGAAUCCUUCCUCGAUUAAAUUCUGACCAUAAUCCUCUUCUCAUCAAGAACAAGACUGUUUUUGGUGAUAUUCAUAGAAAGAAAGAAAACCUUUCGAGGAAGAUUGCUGACAUUCAACAGCAUAGGACCCAUUCUGAUUCUCAAUUUCUUCAAGAAUUGGAAAAACAGGUUCAGAUAGAUUUGGACCAAACAUUAGUUUAUGAAGAACUGCUUUGGUUUCAAAAAUCUAGACAUAGCUGGCUAGUGGAUGGGGAUAAAAAUACAAGGUUUUAUCACUCAAAGGCUGUUAUCCGGAGGAGUAUCAAUAAAGUAUCAAGGCUUCGAAGGGAUGCUCAGGUGUGGAUUGAGGAUCCAGUGGAACUUGUAGAUCAUGUUUGCAGAUUUUUUGAGAACUUGUCCCAAGAGGAAAAUCAGAACCGAAGAUAG